AUGGCUAAUGGUUUACCUUACAAAAUUGACCUUAACUCUAUAGGGCCUACGACAAAGCAAUAUCCUGCGACAAAAGUCUUUGAAUAUAAUAGUUCAAAACUAAAAUUAGUUGCAUGUGACAAUUUUAUAUUCCAUAAAUCCAACGAAACAGGUAUUAAAAGGUCAAAGCUAGAGUCAACCAUUUACAAACAUGUCUAUAAAACUCUCAACUUAUCCACUGCUACCUCUGGAAAUGAGAAUCAAGAUGAUUCAAUUUUUUGUAUGCAUUGUGUUAAUAUGUUUCCAGCACAAGCCACUAAACGUAAAUAUAGUCCUUAUGCAAGUAGCAAUCUUAAGGCACAUAUGACUACCAUUCAUGGUAUUAAAAGAGAAGAUCUAGAUCACCCCAAUUUCAACUAUUUAUUACCAAAGUUAAAAAAUUCUGAGUCAAAUUAUAAACGUUUAUUUAUUAGAGAUGAUAUAUUUAACCAAAUAGUGUGUCAUAAUUGCCCUGUUUACAAAUUGACAUCUAACACUGUGAAUAAUGAUAAUAUAAACAGAUAUUUCCAGAAUGUAGAGCAUGAGCUUCAGGAAAAAGAAGAUUUUAAAAAUACAAUUGGCUUGUCCAAUUAUAAGUUUAUUUGGUCAACAUUGAAUGAGGUUAAUAAUAUGUAUAUUGAUUUAUUUCAAAAAAAUUGUGGUGGGAACUUUUGUGGUAUUCGUAUAGAACAAGUUCGUUGUUUUCCACAUAUUUCAGGUAUUAUAUUUGAUACAAUCCGCAAAAAUAUAACAAUUGACAAGGAAGAUGCUGAUAUUUGA